AAAACUACUUUCAAGAUGUCAGCGCCCAUGUAGAUACACUUUUCAUGUAAAUAACAUUGAAAAGGAUAGAAUUACUUGACUAAUGGCUCAACUUAAAGAAGUGUGUAGUUUUGAUGGUCACAGUGACAGAGCAUGGUGUGUGGCAUGGAAUCCUUCUGGCACAUUACUGGCAUCUAGUGGUGGGGAUAAAGUUAUUAGGAUCUGGGGCAAAGAGGGAGACAACUGGGUCUGCAAAUCUAUUUUAUCUGAAGGACACCAGAGAACAAUACGUGCAGUUGGAUGGUCCCCUUGUGGGAGUUAUUUGGCUAGUGCAAGUUUUGAUGCUACAGUGUGUAUAUGGAGCAGAAAAGAAGGAGAAUUUGAAUGUAUUGCAACAUUAGAAGGUCAUGAAAAUGAAGUAAAGGCUGUAUCCUGGUCAUGUACUGGGAGCCUUCUGGCAACCUGCAGUAGAGAUAAAAGUGUCUGGAUUUGGGAAGUAACAGAAGAUGAAGAUUUUGAAUGUGCAAGUGUGAUAAGUUCCCAUACGCAAGAUGUAAAACAUGUGACUUGGCACCCAAAUAAGGAGGUACUAGCUUCAUGUAGCUAUGACAACACAGUCAAACUAUUCAAAGAGGAGAUUGAUGAUUGGUCAUGUUACAGUACACUGGAGUCCCAUGAUUCCACAGUAUGGAAAGUGUGUUUCGAUAAAACUGGUUCAAGAUUAGCAUCAUGUAGCGAUGAUAAAACAUUAAAAAUUUGGCAGGAAUACCUUCCAGGAAAUACAGAAGGAGUUGUUACCACUGGUAAUAAUCCCACUUGGAAAUGUGUUAGUACAUUAGCUGGAAUACAUGAUAGAACAGUUUACGAUGUUGAUUGGAGUCAUGUGACAGGUUACAUAGCAACGGCUUGUGGAGAUGACUGUAUAAGAGUUUUCAAAGAGGAGGACUGUUCAGAUAAAAAUCAGCCCUCAUUUAAUAUGAUAUGCUCAGUAACCAAAGCACAUGAACAGGAUGUUAACUCAGUAUGUUGGCACCCUAAGAUCCCUGGACUUCUAGCCUCUUGUAGCGAUGAUGGGAGUGUCAAAUUAUGGCAAUAUUUAGAAAAUUAAAUAUUUUUUGUAUUACAA